AUGACCGAUAUCCCGAGCGACGACAACGACGCCGUCCUAGUAUCUUGCGCGCCAUGUAACCCCAUGGGCGAUUUCUUGGAAGCUCCACAACCGAGACGACCUCGUUGGCACUUCUUCCAGAACAACACAGAGUCAUCGUCAAUCGGUUCACCGACGCGAGAGCCCCAGAUAUCAGCAACUAGUUCGCCCGGGCUCUCUUACAGCGGUUUUUUACCUACUUUCGGUAUCUCCCGUCUUCCCUCAUUGGGAGGAUCUUACCGCCGCUUUUUCCGACGAAGGUCUUCGCUGGAUGAUUCUGCGCGACGGUUUUUGGUUAUGGAUCUGCAGGAUAUCGCGGAUAGUAUACCACGGCCGGUGCAUGGGGCGCCUAGGGAUCGGAGUACUCCGGAGGAGGAAGGAGCUGGUGUGCGGAUUGGCGGGGAAAGUGCCUCUAAAGAACCAGGAGACAGCCAGAAGGCGGAUGGUGAUGAUUUGGGCGAUAGUUGGGACGAGCUGACAAGUAUAGGCGAUGUUUGGUCCGUUUUUUCGGGGGAGUCGGGGCAGGAAGUGGAUAAGAAUGAGGAUAGUGAUGGGAAUGCUAGUGGAAGUAGCGAUGCGGGUGAAGAUGAAAGGCCGCCGAGACGACCGAGGCCGAGUUUAGAUCGGCGGCAUACGGCGCCGCGCUUUGAUGAAGCUGUUGACCGUCCGGGGCUCAUGGGACAUCCGCGGGUACAUCCUCGGUUUGAGUUUAGGUAUGGGGAUGAUCCGGAUUGGGGUCUCAGCGGCGGAGAUGAGGGAGAGGAUAAAGAGGCCGCUGCUUUACCCUACAUCCCAGGUAUUCAAACGCAUGCAGCAAGUAGGAGGGCACCUAGACAUAGACCAUCCGGCAUAUAG